ACUAGGGACCAAAGUAGCUGAAUGGCUGCGAUUUUUUUUUAUGAAAGUCUUUGCUGCCUACACCAUAAUGUAGUGAAUAAAAAUCCCUCUUUGUCGCGGAGCAGAAUCAUUUCGCCUAUCCCCACUCACCCCUCCAAUUUCCUUGCCUUGUUCAAUUCAAUUUGGACUCAGCUAUUGAUUAUGGAUAUUGGGAAAUUCAAAUUAUGCUGUAUGAUAUUUCGCAUUUGAGAGAGAAGCAGGCGAUGAAGUAUUUACAGGAUCUCAUAGUUUAUUAUCUUUUGACAUUCUCAAUUCCCUUAUGGGAUACUUUGAUUGCUGGUGCUUUUGUACUUGUAUCCUUGUCUUUGUCUUUCUACCUCUUGUUCGAGCAUCUUUCCGCGUACAGGAAUCCUGAGGAGCAGAAGUUUUUGAUCGGGGUUAUCCUUAUGGUUCCUUGCUAUGCUGUAGAAUCGUUUGUUUCAUUGCUGGAUCCGUCGAUUAGUGUUGAUAUCGAAAUACUGCGGGAUUGCUAUGAAUCAUUUGCUAUGUAUUGCUUUGGAAGAUACCUUGUGGCUUGCUUAGGUGGGGAAGAAAGAACUAUUGAGUUUUUGGAAAGAGAAGGUCGCUCAAGUUCUAAGGCACCCCUUUUAGAACAUAAUCAUGAAAGGGGAAUUAUAAAACACCCUUUUCCAAUGAAUUAUAUCUUUAAACCAUGGAAGCUUGGUCAGUGGUUUUACCAAGUUGUAAAGUUCGGUAUUGUUCAAUAUAUGUUAAUAAAGUCUUUGACGGCAGUUUUAGCAGUACUUCUUGAAGCCUUUGGUGUAUAUUGUGAAGGAGAUUUUAAAUUGAGAUGCGGGUAUCCUUACAUGGCGGUGGUUCUAAAUUUCAGUCAAUCUUGGGCUUUGUACUGUUUGGUGCAAUUUUACACUGCCAUAAAGGAUGAACUGGCUCACAUAAAACCUUUAUACAAGUUCCUGACGUUUAAAUCAAUUGUAUUUUUGACUUGGUGGCAAGGAGUGGCAAUUGCUCUUCUCUACUCUCUUGGUUUAUUCAAAAGUCCUAUAGCUCAAGGCUUGCAAUUUAAGUCAAGUAUCCAAGACUUCGUCAUUUGUAUAGAGAUGGGCAUUGCUUCUAUUGUUCAUCUGUAUGUGUUCCCUGCCAAGCCUUAUGAGCUAAUGGGAGACCGGUUUCCUGGAAGUGUUGCAGUUCUUGGAGAUUAUGUAUCUGUUGAUUGCCCCGUAGAUCCUGAUGAGGUUAGAGACAGUGAGCGGCCAACAAAGUUACGCCUUCCUCAACCUGACAUUGAUGUUAGGAGUGGAAUGACCAUAAAAGAAAGUGUACGAGAUGUUGUCGUUGGUGGUGGUGGAUUUAUUGUGAAUGAUGUGAGGUUCACUGUAAACCAAGCAGUGGAGCCUGUGGAGAAGGGAAUUAUAAAGUUCAACGAGAAACUGCAUAGGAUUUCUCAAAAUAUGAAGCAGCACAACAAAGACAAGAGAAGAACAAAGGAUGAUAGUUACAUAGCAACAUCUUCACCCACACGGAGGGUCAUUCGUGGAAUUGAUGACCCUCUUUUAAAUGGGAGCUUCAGUGACACUGGGGUAGCAAGGGGGAAGAAGCACCACCGCAGGAAAUCAGGAUAUAUCAGUGGAGAAAGCGGGGGAGAAAGUAGCAGCGAUCAAAGCUAUGGUGCUUAUCAGGUCAGGGGUCGUAGAUGGGUCACUAAAGAUUAGAGUCCUUUUUCUUUAUUCCAUUUUUUACGGAAACAAAUUCAGGGGUAUCAGAUCAGGGGUCAACGAACAACCGGAGGAAAGUCAAGUAAAAAAGAUGUCUUGUCCUGGCAUCCCAACCACAUGAGCUAUUAAUUUUCUCCGAUGGGAUGGUUUUUGGCUGACAUGCAUGAGAACAUCUCAAAUUUUCAUCUGAAUCCAUCUUUACAUCAACUGUAAGAUCCUUCAUGAUGGGGUUGCUAGGCAUGUAUCACAUAUUUAGUUUUCGAAAUGUUGUAUUAAAGUUUUAAAAGCCCUGAUUGUGAAAACCAACACAGCUAUUGAGUUACUUUAACGUUUGAGUCUUCUUAAA